AUGGGCCUUGUCGACGACGACGCUGCGAUCGCAUGGCUCGAUGCGAGCAUCCCUACCGACGACGUCGACGACGACGCGUGUGCGUCGGACGAGGACUGCAGCGCCAUUUGCAAGCUGCGGCGGCUCGAGGCCGAGCGCCUUGCCAUCGAGCAGGACAAUGUGCAGCUGCUCGCGACGCUGGCAAAGUUUGCCGACCCGAAAGCGACGACGCGCAUCGCGCAUGAGAACAAUGCGAUGAAGCGCGACCUCGCCAAGCUCGCCACCACGUUCACGUCCAUCUCGGCGAUCGAGACGCGGCAGCGACCGGCCAAGCAGGGCGGGUGGGUCGAGUCGUUCAACAUUGGCAUCGAGACGCUCGAAGGCCGGCUCUUCACGCAGUGGUACGACUAUGGCGUCAUCAUCAAGCUCGCCGUGGGGCUCCGCGGCCUCCACCCGACGCACGCGCACCGCAUUCCGCCGCUCCCGAGCCCUGCAACCCGCCUCCAGCUCGUCCACGCGUUCUUCGCCGCCGUCUCGACCAUGCCGGGCUUGAAAUGGAAGAUCCGAGCGCCCGACAGCGGCACGUACAGUAGCGUGCCGUGCACGGCCGCUUGCUUGGAGACCAACUGCCUGCGCUUGUCGUCGUCGUCCUUGCCCAUGUUUGGUGUCCCCGACACCGCGCCCGUCGCGCCGCGGAAGAAGCACAACCGGUACAAGUGGUGGCGGCGCGCCACGUCGUAA